AGUGUAUGCGUACGGACCAGGCGAAUUAAAGUUUACCUUUUCAUUUGAGGGACUUUGAUUGCGGGCGAAAUUUUGCGAGCGAGAGAAAAAAUGAGAAACAUCGGGAGAGAAUUCGCUCGCUGGCGAAAAUAUCGCGAUCGCACAAUCUCAGCGACCGUUGACAGAAAGAAAAAGUUUUCCGAUAUUUUCUAGCGGGUUUUUGUUUGUAUCCGGAGUAAUUACGAGUUUUUCAUAGCUGUUAGCCCAUUUUGGAAAAGUUCUGCGCCAAUUCGAAUCAGCAGGACGGAGUUCUAUCUAGUGAGUUGAAGGAAAAAUGACCUGCUGAGCGAUGGACAAGCUGCAGGUUAAAAUGUUGAUCAACGACAUCGAAAACAAGGACGAACUCUUCAACGUUAUUGUCGGAGAAUUGCGCUGCCAUGGGAUCAAAUAUCGCAAGGAAAAGCGCACCAAAACCGGUCAGGAUAAAGGCCGAUGUAAGAGAAUUUUCAAUGUGCCGCUUCACACCUUGGAGCUGACGGAUGUAAUUCUGGCCAAUGGGGGCAUAGCCCAGGUUCCCCUUUUCGUAUCGGAUGCCUGCCAGCGCGUUCUGGAGCAGGUAAAUACCGAGGGAUUGUUCCGGAAGGCCGGGUCGUCGAAGCGGCAGCAGGAAAUUAAGGCUAGUCUUGAGUCUGGACAUCCUCUAGGGAAAUCGCAUCACGUCAUCGAUGUUGCCAAUAUACUGAAAACGUUUUUCCGCGACCUACCGGAAGCUCUCCUACCGCCGGGAAACAUUCAAGAAGCGCUCAUCCGUUGCCUCAUAUCAGGAGAGCAUAAAGUGUACGAUCUCAUGAUCACCUGUCUGUUGCUUCCCCCAAUCACCUUGAACACGUUGGCCUUCUUCAUGCAGUUCCUCCAUACCGUUUCCUUGCAUGCGUCCGGUAACAAAAUGACCAUUGAGAAUCUGGCCAUAAUUCUGGCGCCAAAUCUGAUGCCUAUAGUGGAAAUGGUUCAACAGAGGCUGAAUAGUCACGUCAAAGUGAUUCAACUGUUGAUUGAGAAUUCGCAUCAGAUCGGCGUGGUACCGGAUGCAAUUCUGGAAAAACUCAACGAUUCGAUCAGCUUGAUUCGCCAGACUGCGGCUGAUUCUGCGGCCAACACCACCGAUAAGAAGAAAAAGAAACGAAGGAGUGGUUCACUGACGAGAAUGUUCCAUGGCCUGAAGAAGAUUGUGGGUGCCAUUGGUUCGUCUGAAAGCUUGGACAAGACGGACGAUUUCACCGAGAAGGAUAGCAGUAUGGCAGCAGUGGCCACACCGUGCCUGAACAAAUCGUCCAAGAAACGGAAGGUGACCGAUGGAAUGCCGUUCAGUGCGAAGAAAAAGAAAGAGAUUGUGUCAUCGCUUCCCGAUAGUCAGGAAAUUUUGCCUUACACUCCGCUGGCUUUGAUGAAGGAGACGAAAAAAUCUCGUCUGAGCCUCGGCGGCAAUAAGAACAAAUCCAGCAAAACCGGUUCUCGCUUGCUGCCGAGUACUUCUGUUACUUCCAUUGUGGACAACAAACCGAUGGAACGCCGCUGGAGCGUGGUCGGGGCGCCGUGGGCCCGCAAAAAGCAGAAAAAUAAUGGCAAGACCACAUCAGAGUCAGGCAGUAAAACCGAAGAAGAGGACGAAGUCGACGAGGAAAAGGGUUUGUCGGGUUUAUCACCGGUCAUAUCGUUGCCAAACCUGGCUACACCAGAAAUUGAACAGGAACGAGAGCGAUUCGAAGCGCAAAUUUUGAAGAUGCCCAUGAUGAAGGGGAAAGCCCUGUUCAAUGACGAUGAUGAUGACGAAGAGAAUUCCAACGAUGAUCGUAAGCAUGAUAAUGACGAGGAAUAUAUGCGCAUACCGAAAAGCGAAUACGAAGCCAUCAAAGAGCGUGUAACAGCAAUUGAAACGCGAAUAUCACAAGAAUUCGGUAGUAUCAUAGGAGGAGUGGUGGACGACAGAAGGCAAGUGAUCGACAAUAUAGAACGAGUGGAGGACAAAUAUCAGCAAACGUUGGAACAGACGGAACCCAUUGAAGCGAGUUGUUCCAGUACAGAUCAACUGGCCAAAAGGUUGAGUCGUGAAUUGAAAAUUCGUCGCAGUGUGGAGCAUAAAGUGAUGCGUUCACCAAGCGCUCGCAAGAUUGGAACCAUCAGAAGGCGUUCCAAGGAAAAUGUCCGACUGUCUCGUAAUCAAUCGUGGCACGUGGGAUCCAACAAUAGUGCCUCCUCAGCAAAGCCAAUGCCAGCUUUGACAUCAGAUCUGUCUUUUUAUCCUAAAACAAACCUCAAAAGAGGUCGUCCGAAUACCGUGCAGUCCGGUCUAAAGCAACCCGAUCUGAGUCCCGUGAAACGCGAAGACAAUUCCAUGUUCGAAUCUGGACAGAACAUCACCGACGAGGAGAAGCAAGAAGAAAAGUGGACCUGUGCCAAACGCUUCUUCGGUGGGGCCGACAGUCAACAAAAGGUAUCAAUGGAUACAACUGUGGUCAACACAUGCGAAGUUUUCAAAACUCCAGAAGUGGUGAUCGCAGUCCCACGAAGGGCUUCCAUAAGAUCCGGUGGUAGUAGCAAGAAAGCAACGCCACAUUUCGUAACUCGAAUAGAACUGGGUGAGGCUAAAACUCCUAUGCUCCCUCCGGAGGUACCUCCUCGAAAAACUCCAUCCAAAACUCCAAUGCUUCCUCCCAAGACUCCCGGUCGACUGGAUUCUACUUUACUGAAAACCCAUCUCACGCCGCUACAAGAACUGCAAUCCGGCCGGGCAUCAAUCGCUCGCUUGCGCAGUCAAAACGCAGGAAUGGUUAUGGCCAAAGCCAAACUCUUCGAUGGCAUGGUCACGAAUACAAACCAACCCAACCGUCGUCAAAGUAGUAAAUUCGUUAUGAAAAAGAACCCCGAUGGGACGAAAACCAUAAAUCCGCUGAUGCACGUCCCCGAGAAGAUCCAAUUGCGACAGGUUCAGAAAGUCCGGACGGUAACCUCGACUCAUAACAUAAAAAGUCCCCGUCGAUCAACGCCACAUAAACGGGCCUUGACCAAAUCUCCACAUGGCGGAGGAAUAAACCGACGGGAAAAGCUUAGACUGGCAGGCAAAUCCCCCGGAACGAAAGCAUUCAGUUCGCCACAUAUCAUACGGAAACUUCAGGACCAGUCCAAAACCGCCGUACCAAUCAACUGCGCCAACGCGGAUCUCAAAUUGUACUUUUCACCGAAUCUCUACGAUUUGGACAACAAAACCCCACACAGCAAGAAACAUUACGGGCGAAAUUCUCCCCGAAGGAUCAUCAACACAACGCCGCAUAGCCGAGAAAACAGACCGAUCAACCCAUCAGGAGGACGCCAGCAGACGCCGAUGAAAGCUACGCCUCUUUCCAAGCUGGCGGUCGCUUCAGCGGUGAGUAGCACAAAAUCGCCAACCGUAGACGGUUUAUCUCACCAACCGCGACGGGAAUCUCCGCGAUUACUGGCCAACUGUGGCCCCUCCAGUCGUAGAUCAACUGCCGUAAUGUCCAUUGGGCGUCCCUGAACGUAUACGUAAUGUGAGUUGGAUGUGUGUAUCCUUACGCGUAAGUUUUGUAUGAUAUAAGAUUCUGUUUUUCUUCGAUGAUUUUGCCCACAAAACGUACGUAACUUUAGCUUGAUAAAUGUUUAGACUGCCAUCUUAUAAUAAAUCUGAGCUUUUAAUUCUUGGUGAAUUGAAAAUUA